GUUCCUAACCCUAGUCACGUUAAUCAUAGUUAAACAAAUCAUCCUCCCCUUUAUAUAAUCUCAGUCCUUUCUCAUUCGGCGUAAAACCAGAGUGACAAUGGCCGAAAGUAUUCUUAAAAAUCGGACGGUGAAGGUGCCCUCAUGGCCGCCGUUCGACGAUCACCGACCCAUUCGCACAAUUUCCGGCGAUUAUUUACUUACAGAAGCGGCGCUCGCUGAGCUUCAGUGCUACGUUAGGGCGGAAGCCGACGAGACGGCGGAGCUCACCGACCUCCGGUCGGAAGAAUACUCCUCCGAUGAGUUCCGGAUGUACGAGUUCAAGAUAAGGCUGUGUAAUCGGAGCCGAUCUCACGACUGGACCGAAUGUCCUUACGCUCAUCCCGGGGAAAAAGCUCGGCGCCGUGAUCCGAGAAAGUACCAGUAUUCCGGCGUGGGUUGCCCUAAUUUUCGAAAGGGGGAUUGUAAGAAGGGCGAUGCCUGUGAGUUUGCACAUGGGGUUUUUGAAUGUUGGCUUCAUCCGGCGAGGUACCGUACCCAGCACUGCAAAGACGGUAGGGAUUGCCGCCGGAGGGUAUGCUUUUUUGCUCACAGGCCGGAGCAGCUCCGGGUUCCUCCGAUUCAGUUACAGCAGAGUUCCCGAUCGAUUGAUUCUUAUGACGGUUCGCAGAAGAGGAACCGGAACCGGAACCAAGCCCUAGAUUUGUAUUUUUCAAAGGGGAUAACCCCUUCCUCGCCGACAUCUACUUUGAUCUCGCCGCCGAUUUCGUCGCCGGCUAAUUCUCCCCCGGUGUCGCCUAAUGGUCUGCGGAUGCGACGGGCGGCGAUUAACGAGGUAAGUUUAUCGAUUGGGACGGUGCAUUUGAGGAAGGUAGUUGGGCACGGAUUGUGUAGUUUUCCGGCGAGUAGUACGGCGGCGGGAUCGGCUGGGGGUGGUGGAUGGCUGGAUUUGGAGAGCGAUUGGGAGAAGGAGGAGGGGGUGGGGAGGGUGGAAUCUGGGAGAGCACUUAGGGCUAAGAUGUACGAGAGAGUGAGCAAGGAGAGCGGGGUGAACCGGCCGGAAAACGAAACGGCUGCACAGGCUGUGCCGGACGUUGGGUGGGUUUCUGAGCUGAUCAUGUGAUGAGGAAGAAGAAGAUGGGAGAGUUGUAGAAUUCUGCGAGCUGUUAUGGUAUUUUUGUCAGUAUGCGGAGGAGAAUUUUGGUUGUAUUCUGUUGUUAUAUAUAUGAGUCAUAAAUAUAAUUAUGUUGAGCUGCAGUCAAUUAAGAGAGAGAGAGAGAGAUGGGAAGGUUAAAUUAUGUAUUUUAAUUAUGAUUGGGUUCAUGAGGUAUUGUAGAAGAGAGCUGUAUUGCUUUAGUGAUUCUCUUGUUGUAUUAUGUUUUGGGUAUUUUUUGUAAUUAUUGU